AUGUCGGAGUCCAACGACGGCGCGGCGGCGGCAGCGCCCGCCGUUUCCGGCGUGGACGCGAUGAUAGCCAUGGCAGCCGGCGGCGCUCCGGCCGAGGAGCCGUCUGGCGCCGCAGGGAGCGCGGAGACCGGGGACCAGGGCGGAGACGUGGCGCCCGCACGGCCAGAAGCCGAGGGGUCCGGCGGCUCGGGGUCGGUCAGGAAGGAGCUGUCGCGCGAGGAGAGCCUGAAGAUCGCGGCGGUCGCGGCGCCGUCGGAAACGAUGGUCAGCAAGGCCUCGCGGCCGGAGCACAAGUCGGUGGCGUCGCUGGGCAGCGUGCAGGAGCCCGGGGCGCCCGGGGCCGGGAUGGAGCAGAGCUCGCUGGUGUCCGACGUGCAGAUGGACGCGUCGCAGGGGCCGGGCGCGGUGAAGAUGCCGCGCUAUGCCAUGCCGAACAUGAGCCACGCCCUCCCGCAGUUCUUCGGGCGAGAGGGCGAGCAGAUCCAGCUGGCGUUCCACACGGGCAACUACAACGCGAUUGCGGACCUGCCGGACAAGCUCGAGCACCUCGCGGUGCUGAACGCGAAGAAGGAGGUCCUCGCGCAGGUGCGGAGGACGAUUGUACCGGCCCGGGAGGACGGGAAGCUGCCGUCUCAGGUGAAGGCCACUACGCAGCAGGGCACGUUUCGUGAGUUCGAGUACAUUCCGACGCCGUACGAGCCGCCGGCUACGUCGACGGCGGACAUCCGGAAGCCCGACCCGGAGAAGCUGAAGAAGAUCGCGGACGGGAAGGCGUUCGUAACGUCGGGUCGCAUUGGUCUGCGUUUGUUCCACGAAGACAUGUUUAAGAACAAGAAGGACUACAGCUACCCGUACCUGGGCGGGGAGUACAACCAGGCGGACGAGGACGAGCUCCUCGAGUCGUUCGUCUCGCGCUCGCGCAUCAGCUACGGCGCGUUCGUGCCGUCGGGCGUCGGAGCCACCGCUGGCGACCCCGGAGAGUCGGCGCCCACGCGCAAGAUGUUGCCCAUGAUGCUCGGCGCGCUGCGCAACAGCCUCGUGUCGGACUGGCCCGACACGUCCUUCGACCUCCUGCUCGACUCCAACGGCUGCCUCGUCGCGCGGUUCGACCUGGCGACCGUGGACAACCGCGACAGCCUCCAGGCGUACAUGAACCUCGCGCUCAAGCACAACGGCGUGCUCACGUCGUACCGCCUGUCCAAGGUGCCGGAGUACUGGGGCCUCGAGCGCGAGCCCGGGUGGGUGGACUUCACAAUACGCCCCCCCUGGGUCAGGAACAGCGCCAUGGGGCAGGCCUUCCUGGUCAUGCACCCGGAGUUCACGCAGGCGCAGGCGGCCGCGUUCACCCGGGCCUGGGGGUCGCAGCACUCGUCGCUCGAGUACCUGUCGCAAGCGGACAGCGAGAUCGGCGCCCGGGCGUCGGUCGCCGGGGCGACCAGCAGCCGGGUGACGUCGUCGUAG